AUGGGGGGAACAGAUCCUCUGUUUUCAUGCAUUGUUACAUUCUGUGCUUUGAUUCUUAUCUUUUUGCCUCAAUUUUUCCGCAAGAUAGUUUUCUCACCUGUUUUGAUUCUCACCUGGAUUAUCUUGCUGAUUGUUCUUCGUUUUGGUGCAACUCAGAGAUCUAACAGUGAAGAAAAAGAAAAUUUGGAAAAAACAGAUUCUGUUACCAAUGAAGAAAACAGAGAUGAGAAACAGGGGAAAACAGAGGGACAGGUGAAAAUCGAUUCUUUUGAUCAAAUUCAAAAAUGGGUAUUGAGGAAUUCUGAAGAAAAUUUGAAAUUUGAAAUGGGUUUUGAAUCAAGUUCGUUUCUUGACGAUUCUUUCGUUGAAUGGAACGUGAAGGCGCCAUUGGAGGUUAUAUAUGAAGGUGAAGAAACAGAGGAGAGUUCUACUGCUGGAGUUUUGAGGUACCCUACUUUGUCAUGUUAUUAUCCGGAGUCUGAUUCGGAUAGUUCGUCGGAGAAUGAUUUUCCGGCAAUGGAAAACUGGGAAUCGCCGGAGGAGGGGGGUUUUAUCUGGGAUGAUGAAGAAGAUAGAGAAGAGUUGAUUGAGAUAUCACUUGAUGGUUGUAAGAAGAAAGAUUUGGAAUUUCAGUUUGAGGAAGAGAAUAUGAUUGAGAUUGAUAUUUCUCCGACGAAACGCCGGGAGUUUUCCGGCGAGGAUGAGGUGUUUUCCGGUGAGAUUAGGUGCAUUUAA